GGCAGCGGCCGGAUCGCGCAGCCGAACGCCCGGGCCCCAGACGCCGCGGACACCCGGAGAGGCAGUUCCGGCGCCCUGACGCCUCCCUCGGCCGCCAGCGCACCCCGAAGCCCCUCCGCAGAGAAGUCGCAGCGUGAGCGCCCCUCGGCCGGCCCAGGACCAGCUACAGGACUAAGGACCAAAAGCAUUUCUGGGCACUGAGAUCCUCCAUCUCUGCCCCCAGCUAUGAGCCGGCGCGUGGUUCGGCAGAGCAAGUUCCGCCACGUGUUUGGACAGGCGGCAAAGGCUGACCAGGCCUACGAGGACAUCCGUGUGUCCAAGGUCACAUGGGACAGCUCCUUCUGUGCCGUCAACCCCAAAUUCCUGGCCAUUAUUGUGGAGGCUGGGGGUGGAGGUGCCUUCAUCGUCCUGCCUCUGGCCAAGACAGGGCGAGUGGAUAAGAACUACCCACUGGUCACUGGGCACACUGCCCCUGUGCUGGACAUUGACUGGUGCCCGCACAAUGACAACGUCAUCGCCAGUGCCUCAGACGACACCACCAUCAUGGUGUGGCAGAUUCCAGACUAUACCCCUGUGCGCAACAUCACAGAGCCCAUCAUCACACUGGAGGGCCACUCCAAACGUGUGGGCAUCCUCUCCUGGCACCCCACUGCCCGGAAUGUCCUGCUCAGUGCAGGUGGUGACAAUGUGAUCAUCGUCUGGAACGUGGGCACUGGGGAGGUGCUCCUGAGUCUAGACGACAUGCACCCGGACGUCAUCCACAGCGUGUGCUGGAACACCAACGGGAGCCUACUAGCCACCACCUGCAAGGACAAGACCCUGCGAAUCAUCGACCCGCGCAAGGGCCAGGUGGUGGCGGAGCGAGCCCGGCCUCACGAGGGCGCCCGCCCGCUGCGGGCGGUCUUCACCACAGACGGGAAGCUGCUCAGCACCGGCUUCAGCAGGAUGAGUGAGCGGCAACUCGCGCUCUGGGACCCGGAGAGGUUUGCGGCCCACGAGGGGAUGAGGCCCAUGCGGGCCGUCUUCACGCGCCAGGGUCAUAUCUUCACCACGGGCUUCACCCGCAUGAGCCAGCGAGAGCUGGGCCUGUGGGACCCGAACAACUUCGAGGAGCCAGUGGCGCUGCAGGAGAUGGACACAAGCAACGGGGUCCUACUGCCUUUCUACGAUCCCGACUCCAGCAUCGUCUACCUGUGCGGAAAGGGCGACAGCAGCAUUCGGUACUUUGAGAUCACCGAGGAACCGCCCUUCGUGCACUACCUGAACACCUUCAGCAGCAAGGAGCCGCAGAGGGGCAUGGGCUUCAUGCCCAAGCGGGGACUCGAUGUCAGCAAGUGCGAGAUCGCACGGUUCUACAAGUUGCACGAAAGAAAAUGUGAACCCAUCGUCAUGACUGUGCCCCGCAAGUCAGACCUGUUCCAGGACGACCUUUACCCAGAUACACCGGGCCCUGAGCCGGCCCUAGAAGCGGAAGAAUGGCUAUCAGGUCAGGACGCCGACCCCGUGCUCAUCUCGUUGAGGGACGGUUACGUGCCUCCCAAGCACCGCGAGCUCCGGGUCACCAAGCGCAACAUCCUGGACGUGCGCCCGCCCUCCGGUCCUCGUCGCAGCCAGUCAGCCAGCGAUGCCCCCUUAUCGCAGCACACCCUGGAGACGCUGCUGGAGGAGAUCAAGGCCCUGCGAGAGCAGGUGCAGGCCCAGGAGCAGCGCAUCACAUCUUUGGAGAAUAUGCUUUGCGAGCUGGUGGACGGCACGGACUAGCGCGGCGCCGCCGGGGAGGUCCACGCCGGGAGGCACAGCGGGGCGGAACGCCAGCGCACCCGCCCGCCCCGGCUUUGGGUCCCGAGCUCCGCACUCCUCCCCUCUAGGCCUGGGCGGGGACUGGGGAGGGAACUCCGCCCUUGGCGGGAGUCCUGGACAAUUGCAGAGACUCGCGUCCGUCUGGCGCCCGCCUGGCUGCGUACCUCGUCUGGGAUUUAGGCAGGAGCUGGCCUUGGAAAGCCCGGGUUGACGGGGCCUCAGCAAUGGUGCUGCACCGCAGGCAGUGUCCCCUUUGUUCCUCGCCCAGGGCAGAGAAAGUGCUUAGUGUUAGCGCAAUGCUUGGAGAUGGUGGGGAGCUUGGGCUUGACCUCAAAGGGGUAGCGAUUCGACGGGUCUCCCCAGACUGGGGAAAAUUACAAACGCUUCUCCCUCUAAUCAGCUCACUUGACCCCACCACCCUGAGUGGUCAACUGAACGGGCAUCGCCCCAGUUCUACAGACAAACAUUGGCUGUAGAGCCGGUCCCCGGGGCUACACCCAACUACACCUGGGCUACAUCGCAGAGGGCUCCCUUCCUUCUCCCCACCUGCAGGGGAGAGGGUGGUUUCCUCGUGGCACUUCCACAGGAGAACCAACCAGAAAACUGGCAUGAAGAAGCAGGUUCCACCUCCAACACACACACACACACACACACACUCUCUCUCUCUCUCUCUCUCUGCUUCUCUCUCCUACACACACACACACACACACACACACACACUCUCUCUCUCUGCUUCUCUCUCCUACACACACACACACACCUCCCAGCCCUCUGCUGUACACACACGCACACACACAGCUCCCAGCCCUCUGCUGUGGCCUUGACUCUAGGAGGAAAACAAGAUGUUCUGAAUGAAACAUUUUACUGAGUGCUCAGUCUCUGCCUCCUGCAUGGGUGGGAAUGCGAGACCCUCAGCCUCUGUAAAUGCCACCGCCAGUAUCCUGGAGGCCCUGACAGAUGAAACCCUCGGCUUAGGACCCACCAGAAGUCCUUUUACUUCAGAGUCCUCUCCACUCUGAGGUUCAGAAGGAACCCUCAACCCGCGGGUGGGCGGUCUUCCCCAGUAAAGGCAGAUAGGAAAA